AUGGGCGGUUGUUUCAUGAGUGCGCUUGGGACCGACAUGUUGAUGGCAGCGGCGGUGACUCCCGAAACUUCAGUGAUUCCAAACAGCGAACAGCAACAACGUCAACGAACAAGGGGAAAAACAACAACAACAGCAACAAAAAUACUCCUUCUCCUAGAGGUACCGGACACUGCUGCGCGACAGACAGAAACGCCACUUACGGCUGAGCUAGAGAAACCGGAAACUUGGGACCAGAGGAUUCUGGGAUUGUGGGCGGUGAGUCUAUUACUGCGCAUGUUCGUAUACCGCUCUGGCAUUUUAAGUCCUGAAGUGUUUGGACGUCGCUUCUGGCGGGAAAUUGCUGCCUAUUGGGCUUUGCUGUUAAAAAUCCUGUGGCGAGGCAGUUCCGAAUUACGGGCUCACAUUGCAAGGCAAGGUGUUUUUUUCUCAGCAGAAGCGCCAGUGUUUUUUAAAGCGAGAUACUGGCAUCAGCAGCAUCAAAAAAUACCGGAAUCUAAGGUGAAUGAGUAUAAAGAAAAUCAAAACAUCACUUGUGUAUCUCUGAGACCAGUACAGACUACAGUUUUAGGGAAAACACCUAAGGUGUAUCUUGUUCCCUUUUCACUCAGUAAUUACAAACCAGGCCAAUUUAAGCCCUCUAAGUCCCUUUUGGAUAAGGAUUUUAACAAUGAAGUUGCAUGUAAGAAAUGUAAGAAGACUGAAAUAAGGAAAACUUGCAAAAGGAUUUUAACUCCAAGGAUGGAAGGCACAUCUUCCAAGGCAGAAUCCACUCUGCAAAAAUCAUCCUUAGAUGUUUAUACUGAAAGUAACAAGCGACAAUACAAUAGCACUUCGGAUACAGUGAUUGUCAGUGUUGAUAUGGAAAGCAGUCACGAUCUAGACAGUGAUGAAGAUACCACACCAGGCUUGGAUGAAUUUUCAGGAUUGUCACCGUAUGAAAGGAAGAGACUGAAGAACAUAUCAGAAAAUGCAAACUUUUUUGCUUCUCUUCAGUUGUCUGAGUCAGCUGCAAGGCUCCGUGAAAUGAUAAAAAAGAGGCAGCCUCCUGAAUCCAAAAGGAAAAAGCCAAAGAAGAAAGAAAAUGGGACUGGAUGUAGAAGGUCAAUGAGAUUAUUAAAAGUAGAUCCUUCAGGAGUGUCAUUACCAGCACCCCCAGCCCAGCCAACAGUAAUUGCAGAUGAAAAUCCUUUGUUACCUCCUGGGCCUUUAGAAAUGACUCCUGAAAAUCAAGAUGAUGACAGUGAACUAUUUAAAAGAUUUUUACAGACUUGGGCAGAAGUGAGCAAGACAAGUAUUAAGAAUACUGAGAAGGAGUUAGUUAACAUUAAAAGCUAUAAAGCCAAUUUAAGUGGCAUGGUCAUUAAUGGAGAUACUGUUCAUAAAGUCACCAGAGGUGCAAUAUUUUCUGUGGCUCUCCACCCAUCAGAAAUUAGAACUUUGGUGGCAGCUGGGGCCAAAUCUGGGCAAGUUGGACUUUGGGAUUUGACUCACCAAUCUAAAGAAGAUGGAGUUUAUGUUUUCCAGCCUCACACUCAGCCAGUUAGCUGUCUUUACUUCUCACCCGCCAAUCCGGCUCACAUACUGUCACUGAGCUAUGAUGGCACAUUACGCUGUGGAGAUUUUUCAAGGGCUGUUUUUGAAGAGGUAUAUAGAGAUGAAAGAAGUAGCUUUUCCUCUUUUGACUUCUUGGGAGAAGAUGCCUCCAAUUUAAUAGUAGGACAUUGGAAUGGAAAUAUAUCACUGGUAGAUAGAAGGACACCUGGAACUUCUUAUGAGAAACUUAUCAAUUCUUCUUCGAGCAAAAUAAGAACUGUUCAUGUCCACCCAGUGCACAGACAGUAUUUUAUCACUGCAGGAUUGAGGGAUAUUCAUAUUUAUGAUACAAGGUACCUGAUUCCCAGGAAAAGCCAGCCUUUGAUUUCCUUAACUGAACACACGAAGAGCAUCGCUUCUGCCUAUUUUUCACCUCUUACUGGUAACAGAGUAGUGACCACAUGUGCUGAUUGUAAGCUGAGAAUCUUUGACAGCAGCUGUAUAUCCUCUGAGAUUCCUUUGCUCACUACCAUCAGGCACAACACUAUCACUGGGCGAUGGCUGACCAGGUUUCAGGCUGUGUGGGACCCUAAACAAGAAGACUGUGUCAUCGUUGGCAGCAUGGCUCAUCCACGACGUGUGGAAAUCUUCCAUGAGUCAGGACAGCAGGUGCAUUCUUUUUUUGGUGGAGAAAGUCUGGUCUCUGUGUGUUCCAUCAACACUAUGCACCCAACUCGGUAUAUUUUGGCUGGAGGUAAUUCCAGUGGAAAGGUACAUGUUUUUAUGAAUUAAGAAAGUUGCUGAGUGUUUGGUUUAGCAACAUCAAAAUUGGUUCAAAUUAAUCAGUAUCUAAGGAGCCUAGUAAUUCAUGUGGCUUGGCCUUUUAAAAAAUAUGUUCUACUUAGUUAAUAUAAAAUUGCUUUAUUAAUAAGAACUGUGACAUACUUACAUGUUUAGUAAGGGACAGUUACAUACUUACAUGUUUAGUAAGGGAAAAGCCUUUUAAGUCAUUUCUGUAGAUUAGGAAAGGAAUUUGAGGGGAGGCUGUGAUGCCUUCAGCACUUUUAAUCAGGCAGUAUGUUGAGAAAUUCUGGCAUUAUAAAUUACAAAGCUUUGAAUGAUCAGUAUUAAAAGUUCUUGUGGUUUCAUGAUAAGUUUUGAUUCUGUAGUGAUAUUUGGAUUUGUGGUUUAUUUCGUAGUUUGGAGUGAAUAUUUCUAGACUCACACUGGAAGGGAUCCUGAAAGGUCAUCUAACUUAGUGAUUAUGAAACUUAUUUUUUAAUCGAGAAUUCUUUUUUUCCUCCUGCCUUUAAAUUAAAUUUUAUGUGAAAUCCCAAGAUACUUGUUGAGAAGCCUUGGUUCACUUGGGCAGGGCCCUGUCUUUGUGUGCUGACCCUUUUACCUCCUUUAGAUGGCUCCUGAAGCACGGCCAAGGAAUCGUAGGGCUGCUAGGACAGGGUUUGGAUAUGCCUGACCUUGUAAUCCAGUGUGAGAUUGCCUUCAGACCAGUGUUUUCCAGACUGGCUUGUAGCUAUUCACAUGAAAUCCAUGUAGCCAUGACCAGUCUUAAAAAAAAAGGAAAAAGAAAGAAAUAGUAAAGAAUAAUAAAUGUAAUGGAGAAGUGUUGUUUUGUGAAAUUUAGUUAUAUGUGCUUACAUAUAUGUAACUGUAUAUGAAUAUGCAUAUUCCGAUGUGAAACAUGUAUUUAUUACUGUGGUACUACUGUGGGUCAUGGUGAAAAAAGUGAAAACUCCUGCCUUAGAAAGUCCCAGAGAUCUUCAUCUGUCCUUGCAUUUAAACUCUCCAGAGGAGAUUCAUUAGCCUUAUUAAGUGAAUACCUUCAUUCCUAAUUCAUAUUGGGGGGAAAUGUUAUGAUAAAAUGCCAUAAACUUUUUUCAGAAGUUAGUGCUAUGUGAAUGCGUUUGUUGGAAGGGUAGCUGCUUAGCUCAGUGACUAACAUUUCUGUGUGAUAGCACCUAUCUGAAUUUUUUAAUUGCUCUUCAUUGCCAAACUACUACUGAAAGACUAUUGUAAAUAGUUUUUGGCAAUAUAUUUGAAUUCUAAGAGAAAAUAUCUUUUCAAAUUAUAUAUCACAGAAAUAAAAUGACAUGUAUAGUUUCCUUCUCUGUAAUUAGAGGUUAAAUCUAAUUUUGAGGCCUAGUCUAUUAAGUAGGUUGUGAGUGUUUAUAAGUAAUAAGAGUUCUCUAUUUUCUUGACGAUAGGAAUAAAGGAAUUGGUACGUGAAAUGGAAAAUUAAUUUAUGAAAUGGAAAGUAAAGCUAAGUGGGGUUGACUUAUAUUAAACUUCCCUGGAGAUAGUAAAUGAAGCCUCUAGGCUUCCUUUCCCUUUUUUAUACCACUUCAUUUGUUUCCAGAGUGGCAACUUCUGUGAGAAUUGCUUUUUUUUUUUUUACGAUACUGAAAAAUACUCGCGUCAAAAUUAGUACCAUCAUUUAAGCUUUGAAUUCUUGGUGGUAAUUGCCUGGUUUCUGCAAUAAAUGUUAGCAAAUUCUU